UUUAAACCAAUGACGCCGGACCCUGCUCUCACUGAAAACGUAUAAAACAAGCGACAGGCGGUGAAAAGAAACAUUCGUACGUCGAACGUGGAACGGUUAACAUCUCUGAAUCUUUUGCCAUGGCUCGUACUAAGCAGACGGCUCGCAAGUCCACUGGUGGCAAGGCGCCCAGAAAGCAACUCGCUACGAAAGCGGCUCGUAAGAGUGCACCGGCUACAGGAGGUGUCAAGAAGCCUCAUCGUUUCCGACCCGGCACCGUCGCUCUUCGUGAAAUUCGUCGCUACCAGAAGAGUACAGAACUUCUCUUGCGCAAAAUGCCGUUUCAGCGACUCGUCCGCGAGAUAGCCCAGGACUUCAAAACGGAUCUGCGUUUUCAGAGUUCAUCCGUGAUGGCUCUUCAGGAAGCCUGCGAAGCCUAUCUCGUUGGCCUCUUCGAAGAUACUAAUCUUUGCGCCAUCCACUCUAAGCGUGUAACCAUCAUGCCCAAAGACAUGCAGCUGGCUCGGCGUAUACGAGGAGAGCGAGCUUAGAUAGAAUCCUAUCCAUUCCCGAAAAAUGAUCGGCCCUUUUCAGGGCCAUCACAUAUUUGUGACGUUGAACACUAAUUUGCUUAUUAACGAUUCAUUUUUUCUAACGUCUGCCAUCAUUAACAACUUCAUGGCAUAAACUAAUUCUUACAUAUACACAAAACAUACAUUCCUUAGUCAGCUGAUUUUAUACAUUUGUAAAACACUACAACCAAAUUGAUGCUCCAAUGUAUUUUAUUCCAAUUAUGUUGUUCUAUUACUUAUUCAUCACCUCAUUUAAUCUACAUGAAUGCGUCGAAACCAAUUGUUAAACCAGAAGUUUCAACAAAGCACUGCAUUGAUGGCGGUCAUUGUCGUAUAUACAUCUUUUUUGUACAAA